CCGAAAGGGCGUGAGUUCAAAUCUCACCCUCGUCAGCUUUUGGAGGUUUUGGCACCUGCAUGGUCGUGUGUGACAUGAGGGAUAGUGCAGGUUUGCGCGCGGCAACACAAGGGCUCGAGUGCAGGGUCAGUGUCACGCUGUUCGCUCCUCAGGACAGUCAGGGGACAUACUCAUGUGGCGACAUACUGUAGCAGUCCUCCUGAACCCUUGUGUCGCAAACCUGCAAAUGCACUAUCCCUCAUGUCACACACGACCAUGCAGGUGCCAAAACCUCCAAAAGCUGACGAGGGUGCCGCAGCCGCCAUGUCGUACAUGGUGUACGGCAGGGCCGUACGGCAGCGCCCGCCAGCCGAGGAUGGCGGCGGGAGCAUGCGCCGCUGGUCUAGUGCUGCCAACAGUGAAGCGCCACCCACAAAUCCAGGGCAGUUAUGGUACACUAGGGCGCAAAAGUCGCGUCCAAACAGACACCGGCGCCAGCCCGACCUCUCCCGCGCGGGAGCGCGUUGAUCCCGACCCGGCCGGCAUCACGCCCUGGCGCUGCAACUGGGGGGCCAUGCACGAUUGGCCACAGCACUAUGCGUCCUGGUCCCCAUCGUGGCGUGACCAGGGAUGGGAGGAAAAGCCACGGUGGUAUGGUGCGCUGUUGGCGCUGCCCUGUGGUGCACUGCAUUGUAUUCAGGAGUUAGAUCCAGCGCCUGGCCUUCCACUGCUGCUUUGACUCUGGGCCGAUGGUUGUAUGAUGGGAAGUUGGGGGCCGUGCUGUAUAGUUAGGCUGCUGCAUGCCGGUUGCGAACGGUUGAGGGUGCUUGACGUGUGCGAGUGCGGGGAUGCUGACAUGUCUGCGACGGUGGUACCACUCUACCGGCGGUGCACCCGACCACGCCACUUCGUGUGUAGUUGUAUACAUUGGUUGUGCGCAAUUUGCAGCGGCCCGCACCAGAGAGCAUUACUGUGGCGUGGCCUGACAGGCAAUCGCAGCUUGGUGGUCGGCACGCGUGUCAACCACCCUAUUGCACAGCCCAUGCGGCAUGGAGACCGCCCCCUGGCUGCGAUGUACUUGCACAUACAGGCUCUCUAUAGUAGAGGGCAGGACUGCCAAGAAGCCUUUGUAUAUCGGUGACGCUGGCGGGCACUCCAUUUUAGCAUGUCGCGGGGCAUGCCUGGACAAAGUUACCCUUGCAGCCGGCACUGCCGCACCAUUCCUGCUAUAAUCUAAGUGAGAUGCACC